UUUACCUCUCCCUUUCUCUCACCUUCCUCGCCCACCUCGAUCGCCUCCUCCUUAAGCAACGACGCGGACGAGCGACCCGCGACCCUAGGGAGAGAGAGAGAGAGACCAGUAGUUGGGCCGACCGCACGCUCGCAGGCGCACCCACUCAGCGGCGGCAAUGGCGGGGCGCCCCCUCCCCCCUCGCUCGUCGUCGGCGGCCGGCCGGGAUGCGUGAGAUCUCGGCGGCGGAUGGGGAAGGACGCCGGCGAGGCGCAGCAGCAGCCGGACGGGGCGGGCGGUGGCGCAGGCGGCGGCGCAGGAGGAAAUAGGGGCGGCCGCUUCUGCUUCUGCGGCGGCGGAGGAGCGGCGAGGGUGGUUCGGCUGCAAUGCGUGGCAGCGCUCGUGCUCGGGGUGGCCGUGCUGCUGUCGGCGCUCUUCUGGCUCCCGCCCUUUGCCGGGUGGGGCGGCGGCAAGGAGGGCCCGGAUCCGGGCGACGAGUUCGGAGCUGCUAUAGCGGCAAGCUUUAGGCUACACAAGACAGUUCCUGAGCUGAGUGGAAAUAAAUCCCAGCUCGAAUUGGAUAUAUAUGAGGAAGUUGGCAUUCCUAAUUCCACGGUGGUUGUGAAUAUGAUACAUCCAUUAGAUGGAUCAAACUGGACAAACAUCAUCUUCAACAUUGUCCCUUUCCCAGAGAACGUGACUAUAUCAUCAACAUGGUUGAGCAUUCUUAGAUCAAAGUUCAUGUCCUUGGUUGUACGGCAGUCAUCAAUCCACUUGACUGAGCCUCUAUUCGGGAAUGCGUCAGCCUUUGAAGUAAUUAAAUUUCCAGGAGGAAUAACAAUUAUCCCUCCACAAACUGCUUUUCUUCUUCAGAAGCCCCAUGCAACUUUUAAUUUUACUCUGAACUAUCCGAUCUACAAAUUACAAGACAGAACUAACGAGUUAAAGGAUCAAAUGAAGGCAGGAUUACUGCUCAAUCCAUACGAGAAUCUGUAUAUCAAGUUGACAAAUUCGCAAGGUUCAACGAUUCUCCCGCCAACAAUCGUUGAGACCUCCAUCGUCCUCGAAGUUGGAAACCACCAGCCAUCUGUACCAAGGAUGAAACAGUUGGCGCGGACGAUCACCAAUUCAUCUUCAUCCUCAGGAAACCUGGGCCUGAAUCACACUGUAUUUGGCAGGGUGAAGCAGAUUAGCCUUUCAUCCUAUCUUAGGCAUUCCUUACACAGUGGACGUGGUUCUGAUGCACCGAGUCCUGCACCCAUGCACCAUCAUGGUCACCACAGCCACCACCACCGCCACCACCACCACAGUCACGAUGACAACAGGCAUCCUGCAGCUCCCGCUCCUGCUCCAGUACAUUUUCCUGCGCCACAGCCCAGAUACGGUGCUCCACCUCCAUCCGGUGGGUGUCCGUACAGCAAAAACAAGCCAAAGAAAAGCGGGCGUGCUGCACCAGCUGCCGAGCCUGCAGCUAAUGACCACCGAUCUGCUUCCAUCGCCUUACCACCGCAUCCAUCAUCGCCUUCGCCUGCUAGUUGGUCUCAGCAUGCUCCCAGUACGCCGGCUGUUCCUCCCCCUCCUGCUCUACCAGAGCCACCUCUGCCCACCAUCUCGUUUGCUCAUCCACGUCCUCCAAGUGAACGUGGAACUGGGACGAGUCCUGCUCCAAGUGAAGAGGCGACACGAGCGGGUCCUUCUGGGAUGUCACAAGUGGCACCGGCGCCUCAUUCAUCUUAUGCCACCAGGAUGCAGGGCGAUGUUCCCUGCUGCUGGGUCCUUUUUGUCCUCGCGCUAUGCGUCCUAACGAGCCUGCUACGAUGAGAAGGAAGUGCACGGCCGGCCAACGAGAUGUACAUCAGCGACCGCUGGCGUACGUGCUAAAGAAGAGAAAGAGGACCCACGGGGCUCCACCGGCGCGGCGCAUCUGGUUCCGGCCCGGCCACGCCACCAUCCAGCAGCUCCCGGGGGCGGGGGGUGGCCACCAAAGGCACAAGGAAGCUGAGAGCCUCAUCCCUUGUCAACCCCUCGGCGGGCUGUGUCAUACUCUUGUCGUUCGUUGCUAGUUGUCAGCUGUCAUGUAAAUAUGAAGGGAUGGGUAUAAAAGGCAAGGCAAAGCCGCAAGACGGGCGGCCGCGCGUGGUGGUCACGGGUCAAAGCCACAGGGGGGUGGCAGGCCCUUGUGCACUGCUGCUCGCGCGCCUCUGGUCUGCUGGCUGCCGUGUGUGUUCGUGUAGUGUACUGUUGCUCCUUCUCCGGCUCCGACGCUCCUCAAAUGUAGAGACCUCCAGUUUCAUGGAGGUUCGUUUUCUUUUC